AAGAUGGGUGAUUCAGAUGAUGACAACGAUAUCCGCAGAACAAGGGAUAAGUUUCGGCGUGAGCGUAGUGAUGUAGACAGUCGUCGAGAAAAACGUGAACCAUUUGAUGAUCGUACAGGUACUGGGCACUCUAGCGCGCCCCGGUCACGUCCUGAUCGUCGCCUAUCGGAAUAUCGGUCCUUCGGUGGUCCACGAGAUCGGCUGCCUUUCAGCAACGAGUUACCAAGCAAGAGACCUCGCCGUGUUUGGAACGAUGACCAUCGACCAGCUUUUCGCUCCAGGGAAACAAGGAAGGAAUCUGUUGAUGAGGAUAUGAAUUACAGACCUCCACUAAUGCCCUUUAAGCGAUUUCUGGAACCCCUAGAUGAUUUUAUUACUGACGAAGAAGCUGUUGCGAAGUAUAAGGAAUACAAGGAAUCAUUUAACAAGCGCUACAUUGAAGAAUUUUUCGAGGCUCAUAAGAAUGAAGAAUGGCUUCGUGAGAAGUAUCAUCCAGAUUUUAUUGAUGACACCCGUGAGCAGAUCACCAGGAACAUUCGUCAACGCCUUGACGUCUUUCUGGAUCUUUUUGAUAAAGGUAUGAUCGACAAUCAAUCUGUCGAUAUGGAAAAUGCAAAAAAUCUGAUCAAGCUUAUGGAUGCAGUUGUGAUAAAGUUAAAUGGAGGAAGUGAUGAUGAUUUGGCCGUGUUAGACAACCCUGACGCUGUGGACGACGAUUGUGGAAGUUCAAAGGGGAAGACCUCUCGGUCUCAGAGUGGUCCAAAGAGCGAAGGCGAAGAAUCUGAUUUUUAUUCUGGUGAGGAAUUGGACACGAGCAAAUUUUCCGAAAAGGCCAGUCCAAAGGCGAAAUCUGCUGAGUCUAAGCCUGAACAGUCCGAGGUCGGGAAUGAUUGGACUGGUGUCAGUAGUGAGAGUGAGUCAGAGGGAAGGCUAAAACCGGAAGAAAAUAUUCAUGAAGAGGAAGAAGAUUAUGGCGGCGACACCAAGGAAUCGGAGAAUGAAGAUGGACAUCCUCCGCUUUUCUCUCACACGAAGGGUGUCGAUGAAAGCCAAAAGUCAGAGGAUACUACAAAGGACGUUGAGUUAGAAGGAAGGGAUGUUCCGUCGUUACAAAAUACGGAUACCACGGAGCGUUCUGUCGAUAAUGGCGUCGUUGCUGGUGGUUGUUCGCUGACAGCAGAAAUUGAUCAGCAAAGCAGUUCCAAACGCCAGCCACCUAGGCGGGAUCUUCAUAAAACCUCUUCAAUAUUCUUCCGUUGUUUGCCUCCAACUAUAACACGGAAGGAAUUGGAGGACAUGUGCGCAUCGCAGCCAGGUUUCGUUCGCUUGGCUAUAUAUGAUCCAAUGCCAGAACGUCGAUUCACGCGGCACGCCUGGGCUACGUACGAGCCAAAUGCAAAUAUCAAGAAGAUAUGCUGGGCUCUCAACACCAAUCCUGUAUUGAGAGAAAAAUGGCAUCAAGGCAGGGACUCAAAUGAUCUUUGCGCCACUGUGAACCGUGAUUUAGCUCAGCGCAUUCGCCCGGUAUCUGCUACGCUGACGCGACAUAGACCGGUGAUGCGUAAUGAUCUGCGAGUCGCCUCUCGACUUGUUGCUCAGUUAGAUACUAAGCAUAGUCUUUGGUCCCUUCCUGGUGAUGAUGAGGGCGAUGCCGUUACCAAUGCAUGCCCAGUUCCCGGUUUACCCGGUGUAUUUUCUGCGAAUCCUUUGAUGCGCAAUUUGACCGAUUUCCUCGUUGACGAGACUGCAUCGGAGGAGGAAGCCAUGCUCAAUCGCAGUACUUCCAAAGGGGUUGAUAUAAUCGACGGAGAAGGAGAAAAGUCCACAUCUGUCAUUCCUAUUGACAGCGAUCCCUCUCUAUUGCGGGCUCUUGAUCGCCUUUUAAUUUAUCUUCGCAUUGUCUAUUCAAUUGACUAUUAUGCUGCUACACUUUACCAACUGGAGGACUUGAUGCCUCAUCGUUGUGGUAUCUUCCAUGCUCGUGGUACUCUCGACUCUCGUUCCGGAGUUCCUACCGUUACUCAGCGAGAAGUCAACGAUUAUAUCUCUACAUUCAAUGAGAAAAUGGCGGGUUUACUUGAUGUCCCUCGUGAGUUAACUGACGAGGAAAUCGAGGCUCUUGGUGCAAGGGAUCCUGAGGCCGCAGCCGAAGAAUUUAUCGAGGCGAAUAUCCAGAAGCGUACAAGCAAAAAGAAACCGUGCAAAGUCGUUUGGGUGUGUCCAUUAUCAGACAAGAAGUUUCGCGAACCAGUAUUUGUUCGCAAGCAUAUACUCAAUAAGCAUAUGGAAAAAGUAGAGGCAGCCAAAAAGGACAAUGCGAUCUUUUUUAACAACUUCCUGCGCGAUCCGAGACGUCCAUCACUGCCGGAGGCACCCCGACACCUUAUUAAUCGAUUCUACCCCCCGCCUACCUCAGUCGGUCUCAUCGGGGAUACACCUGGCAUGCGCGGACGAAAUUUGGGUUGCGGCUAUCGAGUCGGGGGUGGUUAUCGAGGUGGUGGUGCCUAUCGAAAUAACUCCAUACCAUACGGUCCACGGGACUACUUUGGAGGUGACCAUGGUAUGGCAAUGGCAGCGGUGUCGGGAUCAGGCAACAUCUACAGUAAUACGAAUCAGUCUGAUAUAUUCACCCUUCCCGGUCACAAUGGAGGUCGCGGGGGCAGUCCUCGUGGCGGAAGUGGAUACAAGGAAUUCAACGGUCGCAAGCGACCCUACCCUGGUGAUGGACUAAGAUCUGGGGGACGUGGAGUCAUCUCUUACAACGAUCUAGAUGAUCCUGGAAACGACGGUUUUUGA